GAAGUAAAUGAACGAGGGGGAGAGCCAAACAUCAGAGGCAAUAAGAGUUUAAAGCACACUCGGAGGAAGCCAAAGCCAAGGAGAGAGAGCUCAGCCCACAGGACACAACCACUGCUCCAACGGACUCCUUCGUCUUUGCCUUUUCUUUUUGGUUCUCUCUCUUUAAACAGUUUGAUUUCCACCCAGAUCCACGUGAUCCAGUCACGUUGAAAAGGAGUUCCCCGUCGAAAGUUUGAGCUUUUGUUGUUCUGAUGGUUUAAGUUCUAGAAGCAUCAUUGGCAACCUUAAUUACUACUUUGGAAGAAGCUUCUCUUCUGAUUCUGAAUCCAGGGAAUACCUGUGCAAGCAAAAGAAUCGAGAUAUUGACUUCAAACUUCAAAAUUCAAAAUUCAAAAUUUUCUUCUGUUGGAAUAAAAGGUUUUGAAAUAAGCCACACAAAGCCGUGAAAAUAGAAACUUGUGGACCAAGCUUGUGAAUAAUAUUCUGGGUGGUUGGGGGAGCAGAAUACUGGUAUGGCUGUUGCCAAGAGCAACAGCAGCAGUACACCAUCAACACGCCCAUGCAAUUGUUACGAAGUCCAAAGCUUGACUUCCUCCGUUUUGGAUGCAAACCAGACAGCAAAUCUAAAAGAUCGGUACAUUCUUGGAGAGCAAUUAGGUUGGGGGCAGUUUGGUGUUAUUAGGGCGUGCACAGAUAAGUUGACCGGAGAGGUGUUGGCAUGCAAAUCAAUUGCUAAAGAUCGAUUAGUGACCUCAGAUGAUGUGCGAAGCAUCAAGCUUGAGAUUGAAAUUAUGACCAGGUUAUCUGGACACCCAAAUGUUGUAGAUCUCAAGGCGGUGUAUGAGGAGGAAGAGUAUGUUCAUUUGGUGAUGGAGCUUUGUGCAGGAGGGGAGCUUUUCCACCAGUUAGAGAAGCAUGGAAGAUUCUCUGAGUCUGAUGCCAGGGUUCUCUUUAGGCAUCUGAUUCAGGUAGUUUUAUAUUGUCAUGAAAAUGGGGUUGUUCAUAGAGAUUUGAAGCCAGAGAACAUCCUAUUGGCCACAAAAGCCUCCUCAUCUCCAAUUAAAUUGGCAGAUUUUGGUCUUGCAACGUACAUCAAGCCUGGGGAAAGUUUGCAUGGGUUAGUAGGCAGUCCAUUUUAUAUAGCUCCUGAGGUACUUGCAGGGAGCUAUAACCAGGCUGCGGAUGUUUGGAGUGCAGGGGUUAUUCUUUACAUUCUUCUAAGUGGAAUGCCACCAUUUUGGGGAAAGACAAAAUCACGGAUAUUUGAUGCUGUUAGGACAGCUGAUCUGAGGUUCCCAUCUGAUCGCUGGGAUCGUAUUACUGAAUCAGCUAAGGAUCUGAUUAGAGGAAUGCUCUCUACAGAUGCUUCACGAAGGCUCACUGCUCAGCAGGUUUUAGAUCAUUCUUGGAUGAGUAGUCAACUGAGUCAGUGUGAAAGUGUAGGCUGUGACAAUGGUAGCUCAUUCUCUACCUCAUUUAUGUCCAGGAGUCGGGACGUCAGCUUUGGGACUGGAUCACCUAGUAUAUGUGAUGCCCAGUCACCUGCAUUUACUUGCAGGUCAUCUUUUUCCUCUUUCAUGGCAGAACCAUUUACUCCAUGCAUAGCAUCCAGUGGAUUUUCAUUCUGCGGCAAUGGUGAUUCUAAUGGUUUGGAAUUCUCCUCGCCUGUUCCCUCAAUGCCAAGCUUUGCAUUCUUCAGCCCUGGCUCUUUGGUUGAGGAAAGUAGUUGUGCGUUAGAGUUCUCAGCUAGCAUUUCCAGAGUAGACGCAAUUCAUGGAGAGACAAUCGCAGGGAAGCUGCUCUUAUUGCCAAAUUCCCUUUCAUUUGGACUUGAAGCUAGAGAAAUGGUUAACAAACCAGUGGAAGCUAAAAGGACAGUUGGAACAAUUGGAUCCAGGACAUCAGCUAUUCACAGCAAGAGGAACCGUACAAUCGGACUUGGCGAGCGUGAACAACUAGAUUUCAUGGUGACCGAAUCAAUCAUUCGUUGGUCGUCAUGCACACAUCUUCCUACUUCUCUUAGAUCUUCUCUUGUCUGUUAAUUGUGUGGACCUGAAACAGUAAAAGAUAAGGUGGAGGGGGUCGUGAUGAAAUAUUAUGGUUUGCAGAAAUCAAGGUGCUCAUGUGAAGUUUUUGAGCCUCUAUAUUGUAUCAAGUCCACAUGCCUCCAUUCAGCUGAUUCCUAAUGCGUAGUGCCAAUUUUCAUGUUAGUUUCAAAUAGCUGGGGGUAUGAUGAUAGGUGUCUUCCUGAUACGGAGAGUGAAUUUUGGAUUUUACUGGUAGGUAGGAAGAGUAACAGAUAAGGUGGAGGCUUCUGGUGAAGUAUUAAUAUUAUGGUGUGCAGAAAUUAAGAGGCUCGUGUGAAGUUUAUGAGCUAAUGUGUUGUAUCAUCAUGCUGAUUCCGGAUGUUUAGUGCCACUUUUCAUAUUGGUUGCAAGUAGGUGGUAUGAUGAGAUUGAUGUUUCCUGAGAUGGUGAGUUGAUUUAGUUUUUCAGCGGUAGGUAGGAAGAGUGCUGAGUUGUGGCUAAUGAGCUUUGGCCCUUUUGUAUAAAGUAAUUGUUUACAGAACGCUUUCCGAGUCUUAUGAUAUAAAUCUAUUGGGGGUUUUCUGUUCUU